AUGACAAAGCACUGGCCAGAGCCGAGCCCCUUGGCACCACCCGCUCUGUCCCACCACAUCGGAGAGCACCACGACCAUCAACUUGACUUCCCCAGAAAUGCGCAGCAGAGUUUUCCGAUCACCAGCGGCGUAACGUGGAACUCUCCGGCCCAACAUUGGACUCUCCACCCGGCUCAGAUGGUUCCCCAGCAGCCGCCGCGCUUGGAGAAGCUCUCUGCGCGCACGGAACAUCUCACCGGUGCCACGGCGUUCAUGGAUAAACCCGUGCCACCGGGUGCGUCAUACGCGAAUGCGCAAGAUGCUCAACUCAAACAGGAAACUAUUAACCGAGACUCUUGGAGCAACGAAAGGAAGAAAAGUAGGAACAGCGAUGGGAAGAAAAAGAAUUAUCAGCGGUACCCAAAACCACCGUACUCAUAUCUGGCUAUGAUCGCUAUGGUCAUCCAAAGGUCCCCGGAGAAGAAACUGACAUUAUCCGAGAUCCUGAAGGAGAUCAGCACCCUCUUCCCAUUUUUUAAAGGAAACUACAAAGGCUGGCGGGACUCAGUGCGACACAACCUCUCCUCUUAUGACUGCUUUGUUAAGGUGCUGAAAGACCCAAGCAAACCCCAGGGAAAAGGCAAUUUCUGGGCAGUGGAGCUGAGCCGUGUCCCUCUGGAGCUCCUCAAGAGGCAGAACACGGCCGUGUCGCGCCAAGAUGAGACCAUCUUUGCCCAGGAUCUGGCUCCCUACAUCCUACAGGGACACAAGCCAGAAUCUGAGCCGACCCCUGACCCUGUGACCUCCAACUUCCCCAUGCGCUCCAGGAACCCCUCCCCAUCACAGGAGGACUUGUUCCGACCAAAGCUGGACUCGUCCUUCGCCAUCGACUCCUUGCUUCACAGCCUCAGGCCGAAUAGUGCCUCUGGGGAUGUGGAGGUGCCUAGCAGGGACUGCUGGGGGGAAGUGGAGCGCCCUCUGCCUUCUCCUCCUCCACGACCCCGCUAUGCAUCCUCUGCCCGUAGUGCCUCUGCCAGCUCGGCCAGCCCAGCUUCUACGUCUUCUUCAUCCUCUGAUGAGGAAUGGAGAGGACUCUCCUUGUCCGGGAAGCGUGUACCCCCAGAUGGAGAAGCAGGGUCGGAUGGGUAUGAGGACUUUAGGCCACCAAUGCACAAAUCAGCCAGACGGGAGGCUGUUGCACCACCAUGGGAGCUCCCUACAUCCUACGCCAAAUACGCUCCUCCCAAUGCUGUUGCUCCACCCAGCAUGCGGUUCAACGGCGGCCCCCUAAUGCCGCUGCAUGGCGGACUGCCCAUUUAUAGUUACGGUAGCUCCACUGUAGCACCCGGUCACUUCUUAAGUCAUGCAUAUUGGCCCAUCCUGCCCAGUGGGCGAGUCCAAGCCCCUCCCCUCAUCAUGGACCUGGACAAUAUGUUGCAGUCUGUGCCUCCAAAUAAGAGCGUGUUUGACGUCCUGGUGCCGGCCAAUCCGAACUCUCACUCACAUCAUCAGCCACCGAGUCAGUACACCCUGCAGAAUGGGCCUCCCUUAAACAGAUACCCACAGUACUGA